AUGGUCCAUGCUAGCAUCUCACUGGGCGCCGUGGCAGCACGCCGGGUGAGCAGUCAUGUCGAGCCGUUUGCAGCACGCAAAGCUUUUCCCAUCAGCCUCAGACAGCUCAUCUUCUUCGGUCGAGAUGUCAACCGCGACAAGUUGGUGACUGCCGGCAAUUUCAUCCGCACAGAGCUGCCUGUCAGACUGGCCCAUCGUAUCAAGGAUCUCGAAGUGUUGCCGUAUGUCGUCGGGUCGAAUCCUGUCAUCAAGCCCGUAUUUGAACGAUACGUCGACGCAUUCGAACGGAUUCGUACUUAUCCCGUCAUCAGGACAUUUGAAGAUAACCUGCAGUUCUGCGAGUUCAUGAAAGGCUUGCUCGAGGAGCAUCUCGUCAUCAUACCUCUCCUGGCAAGAGCACUGCAAGACUCGGCCAAGGAAACGCCUGCAAGUCAGCUCGAUGCAUUCAUGGCCAAGAUGCUACGCUCGCGAAUCAGCAGGCGCAUAUUGACACAACAGCAUAUCGCGCUUUCAGAGCAGUAUGCUUCCGGCUCCUUCGAAAGAGGUGCAGCAUCGGACCGCUUCGUCGGCGUUGUGGACAAUCGACUUUGUCCGGCCGAGGUGGCAGAAAGGUGCGCCCGCCUCGUCACGAGCGCAAUGAUAGACGAAGUACCCGAGCACGAGCACGCGCAAUUACGCUUCGACAUCGAUGGCAACACCAAAGCUACCUUCUCGUACCUGCCCGAGCAUCUCGAGUAUAUCCUCUUUGAGUUAUACCGCAAUAGCGCCAAAGCAACACUAGCAAGGCAUGGCGACCAUGCAUGCGAGCAUCCCAUCUCGACUACCAUCUGCGAAAGCGGCACUGAUAUGCUCAUACGUGUCUCUGACCAAGGUGUCUUCCUUCUUUUCAGCCUGUCGAUUCUGACUGAUCCAGUUUCGCAGCUGGCGGGAUCCCCCCGUUCGAUCUAG